GAUUUCACCUUCCACCGCUCAGGCGAUAUAUUUUCAGUUUCGCGCCGGGCGGCUCAGCGUCAAGACGUCUCUUGCUCGCUUAUUCGGCAGACCUACAUAGGCAGAGACCAGCGGCCAGAGCGUUAUUCAAGUGCAACCUAGCUACAUAGCAGCAGCGGCAGCAGCAGCCGCCGCCGCCGGGGGCUCGCUCUGCGUGCGCGCGCGCACAAAACACGUCGUCGCAAUAUCUCGUCGGCACUCGGCAGUACGCUCGGAGGGGACGACUACGGCGCGCGCGUCGACCGACAGAGCAGCACCGCGUGCCGCAGCCGCUCUUCGCAUCGCAGUAGGCUGGUGAGCUGCUGCAGCAGAGACUACUCGUGCGCUUUUCCCCCGGAGCCGAAGGAAGGUGAUCCGCAGUUUCCCUCGCGUGGCCCUUCAGGAGCGAGAGAGGAGAGAAGAACGCCGCUCGCAGCUUCUGCACACACACAGGUCCAGUCAAACCGUCUUGCCCGAGUCAUCAUCGUCAUCAGUAGAAGCUAGGAUGGCGAGCACUUCGGAGAAAACGACGGCGGCGAAGCGCGCGGUCGACAAAGCUGCGCGCAAGGCCGAGAAAAAGCUCCAGCAGCAGCAGCAAGCCCAACAGCAGGCGGCAGCGGCUGCCGCGCAGGCGGCCAGUCAGAUGAACAACAACCACGAGGACAGCUCGGUCAAGGUAGUGCACGAGGAGCAGAUCCUCGAAGCGAUCGACCAGCUGCGCAGGCGCAAAGCCCGGCCGGAUGCCGACCGCAUCUGCAACUACUUGCUACGCAAGUUCUCCGUCGACGCCAGGGAUACCAUUGCUGAUCUCCACCUGCUCAUCGAGAGCGAGAAAGUCAUCCAGGUCGACUACAAGGGCAACACCAGCUACAGAAAUGCCUCCAAGUGGACGAGGCUACAGCUCUACAAGAACAGGCCCGAAGGCUUCGUCAAGGAGAAGAUCAAUUCGAGCAUGGUCGCCAGCGCCGUUGCCGAGCUCGUCAUCGAGGAGCCCGAUUACUUGGAUCAGGGCGUUCCUGCUAUCAGGUUAGUCGAACAGCUGUUAGACGGUGUAUCGAACCCUACCUCAAGGCGAAUGGUCGAGGACUUUCUGAGCAAGGAAGUCGCCAGCGGCAACCUGGCACGAUUCGUCAACGGCAACUAUUCACUCGUCGACGGCAGCCACAUGAGCAGCAACGGUGCCGCAGCUCCGCAACAGAACGGCGAGCUCGCCGGUAAGGCCAGAGGCCCGAGUAGCAGCAUCACGGCUGCCUCGACGCCCUUCAAGGAGGCCAGCAAUCCCUACGACCUCAACGAGUUCGAGGAAUUUGCCUCCGAACACGAUUCCAGUUCCAACACGCUCAAGUCUUCCAGGCAGACCAGCCCCAAGACUGAGCUUGAACCGAUGAAGAAGGAAGAGUGCUACGAGAUCAUCAUGGGCAAGAGGCAGGCCAACGAGGAGGAAGACAAGCAGGGCAAGGAUAGCAAUGGCAAGUUGAGCAAUGGUAUUCAGAAGGAUGAAGAUAUCAAGCAGAAUGGAGGAAGCCUGAGCUCUCCGUACGUGGAGAAGGAGGAGACAAAAAGCACCGUUGAGGCUCAGACUAAUUACAGAAAGUCCAAGACUGAGCGGAAGCAGAGGCUGUGUGUGAGGAGUGAUGACUCAACGGAUAUGUUUUUCAAUUACGAAGACUUCAGAAAGAAGAGGACCAAUAAGGAAGAGAACGACAAGAGAGACGAUGGCAAUGAUAGACUCAGCGAGGAUGGAGAAGCUGAGCACGAUGCUGGUAGAAGCUCGACCAAUCCAUCUCCCACCCCUUCAAAUACUAAUGCUGGAAGCUUCCGCAGUGCUAGAAGAAAAAGAGCCAAGAAAGUGUUCGAUCCAUCGGAUAACAUGGUUGUGAAGAGGAAGCGAGGAAGGCAACCAAAUGCAUUAAAAGCUCUACUACAAGCACAGCAAGAAGCACAAGACGCAAUGAAAGCGGCAGCGUUGAAGGAAAGUCCCAAAGACCCCAACAGGCAUUGCAGUUUGUGUUCAAAGGACAAGCAGGAAGCUUUGACAGCAUGCCGUGAUUGCACCGUCAGAGCACAUCCUUCUUGCAUAUACACACCAGAAGAAAUUAUGAACAAAACGCACACAAGCUGGCAAUGUGAACGAUGCAAAACUUGCGUAGUUUGCUACGAAACGUCCGAAGCGGGUCCUCUAGUUGCUUGCUAUUCUUGCGAUGAUGCUUUUCACUACACCUGUCACACACCUCGUAUUCCAGUAUCCAAGGCUAAGUGGAAUUGUCACGAAUGUAGCCAAAAACAGUAUAAACCAGCUCCUCAGCAGAACUCCAAUUCGAAUUGGAAUAACAAUUCCACAGAGCAUCAAUCAAAUAACAUACCGCAUCCGAUCUUGAGUCCUCAUGUCUCGCCCGGAAGAAAUGCACCAGAACCCAUGGAUGAUGAUAUUCCUAGAGAAGCAAUUGAUCCUAAUAUACCUGAUGCAUCUGACUGGACUUCAGAGCAAGUAUAUCAGUACUUUGCUAGGCUGUUUCCCAAGGAGGCUGAGAUUUUUAGGCAUCAGGAAAUUGAUGGACACUCAUUGCUACUCUUAAAACGAUCUGAUGUGCUUGGUGGACUGGAUUUACUGCUUGGUCCAGCUCUAAAAAUUUAUCGUCACGUAUUAAAAUUGCAAGUCCGAAGAGAUGAUCCUAAGCUUUAUUGGCUAUAGAAUUAGCAUUAUUUUAUAUUUCGAAUAUGCCUCACCUGAUCACAGCUCUUAUGAAUUUAUUCAUUGCAGAUCACAUUAUUUCAAGUUUUAUUCAUAACGUUCUCAUUUCAUUUUUAUAAAUACUCUCAAAAAAAUGUAUUAAGCUUGUAAAUAUUGCAUUACAUAGUUUUAAUUUUUAUUAGUGCUAAAUGUUAAAGCAUUAACUUUAAGUUUAUUAUGACAUAAGUACUUAGAGGUACUUGCCAUUUUUGUGAUACCCUUCCACAGUAGCCAGGGUACAUAAAAAGUCUUUGUAUUAUACAAACAAAUGUAAAAAAUGAUUAGAAUAAGGAAUGUGAAUCUUGUAAGAUAAAAAACAUUUUUCACCUAAAA